GUGAAUAAAACCUACAGGAAGCAGAACCAGCUAAACAACUUAAAGGGACAUCUACAACCUAAGAUCACCAUGCUUUGUACACACUUCUCAAGGAAGCCCAGUGUUAGCCCUCUCAGCCUCCUGUUGCAGCCUCUAUGGCCAGUGUCUGGAGACCUCUUUUCUGUGGUGGAACAGGAGAUGAUCAGGACAGUAGCAGCAAUAAAGCAGAGGAUGCCGCAGCUUGACCAGUUUCAUCAGCAGCUCCUGCAAGAGAUAACACUUCAACAGGACAAGAUCCGACCUGUGCAGGGCCCUUGUGAGACAUCAUCAAAAGAUGGAGGCUUCAUGCUGUGUCUGGGAGUUGAGGAUUUCUCACCCCAAGAGCUGACAGUCAAACUGCUGGGAGGAAAACUAUUGUUGACUGGAGCAAAGGAAUCAAAGAGAGAUGAUGGCAGAGGCUCUUUCUCAUACAAGUGUCAAAUCUUGAGAAAAGAGUCCGAUCUUCCCCAGGAUAUUAACGUGGAUGAGCUGAGCUGCACAGUGACUGCUGAUGGACAGCUGCGUAUAGAAGCCCCACGAGUGGCUCCCCCUGCUGGUCAAGAGAGAACAGUCCCUAUCCAGCUUUCAGGAACAAAUAAGGCCAUACAGAGCACAGACCAGAAUGCAGAGAGCAACAAAGAGACAAAAGAAAGGAGAUAAAUGCAUAAGAAGUACCCGUCAUAAUUACAACUCUCAAUUUAUAUAUUAUAAAUAAAACAUUUUGCUUUUAGAGAAA